CUGGUUUCGGGGCUGCCAAGAAAGGUGGGCCGCCGCAGAGCUGGAGACGAGUGCUGAGCCGCCUGCAGCAUGCCACCGUUCUGCCUGCUGCUGCUGCUGCUGCUCGCAGGGGCCACCGCGGCCCUUCGCCUGGAGGGCGGCCAUGCCAGCCGCGCCAGUGCCAGUGGGCGUAUGCAGGAAGUGGCAGAAAUAAAGAAAAAUGGCCUGUUGACUUUCCUUGCUUGGUGGUACGAGUGGACCUCACAGGCCAGAGCAGCGCCCUUCCUGGGAGGGGCAGCUGGCGAGGCGCCCAAACGGCAGGAAGGCCCGCCCCCGCAGCAGGCCCCGCGCCCAGACAGCGCCCCCUGCAAGAAUUUCUUCUGGAAGACCUUCUCCUCCUGCAAGUAAAACUCCACCCAUGAUUACUUGAGCAAGGAAGUGUAAUGAUGGAUCUGAAUAAAAUGUAUUAAGCA